AUGAAGAAUAAAAGCCAGAUUAGUGUGCCACAAAAUGGAGACGGAGAUUCUAAAACAGUGUGGCAGUGGAAGGGGGACCAGGACCAGUGGGAGCCGUACCCAGAGGCCGCCUGCAGAGACCUGGACUCGGCCGUGGCUGCAGGAAACGCCUCCUUCACUCUGAGCCUGGAGUCCGGACACGAAUACCACAUCGACCUGAAGAAGAUGUUUCAGAUCAACCCUGUCACGAAAUACAAGAGGAAGAUCCGCUCACAGGCGAUGAAGACAGAAACCACAAAUGCUGAACCUGAAAACAGAGUCGCGGCGACAAACGACCAAAACACAGAAGUUAAACAAGAAGAAGAAGAAGAAACGGAAAAACCUCCAGCACCAAAGAAACGCAGAGGACAGAGCAAGAGCCAAACCAAAACUAAAGCUGCUCCCAAAGAAGAAGUCAAGGCUGAAGUAACUGAAGUUGAAACGGUGAAGACGGUGGUGAUGAAGGGAAAGGCUCCGGUCGACCCAGAGUGUAAAGCCAAACUCGGAAAGGCUCACGUCUACUCUGAAGGAGAAGAUGUGUACGAUGUCAUGUUAAAUCAGACAAAUCUCCAAUUCAACAACAACAAAUAUUAUCUGAUUCAACUGUUGGAGGACGACAACUCGAAGUCUUACAGCGUGUGGAUGAGAUGGGGUCGAGUUGGAAAAGUUGGUCAAAACAGCCUCGUGGCCUGCGGCGGAGACCUGCCCAAAGCUAAAAAGAUUUUCAUGAAAAAAUUUGAGGAUAAGACCGAUAACGAUUGGGAGAACAGAGAGUAUUUUGAGAAAGAGCCCGGGAAAUAUGACCUUUUGUUUGUGGACUACAGCGCCAACUACAAAGAGGAGCCUAAACCAGAGCCCGCUGCUGCUGCUGUGGUGAAGAAGCCGUCCACGUUGGAUCCUAAAGUCCAGUCUCUGCUGGAGCUGAUCUGUGACCUGAAGGCCAUGGAGGAGUGUGUCCUGGAGAUGAAGUUUGACACUCGCAAGGCACCUCUGGGUAAACUGACCACGGAGCAGAUCAGAGCCGGAUACGCUGCUCUGAAGAAGAUCGAGGACUGUCUGAAAAGGAAGGGAGGCAGUCGAGAUCUGCUGGAGGCCUGUAACCAGUUCUACACCCGCAUCCCUCACGACUUUGGGUUGAAGACUCCUCCCAUUAUCCGCACAGAGGAGGAGCUGAAGGAGAAGAUUAAACUUUUAGAGGCUCUGAGCGACAUCCAGAUCGCGGUGAAGAUGGUUCAGUCCAGUUCGGGUGGAGAUGAGCACAUUCUGGACCAACAGUACAAGAGUCUGGACUGUGGUCUGCAGCCGCUGGAGGCCUCUGCGCACGAGUACCAGGUUAUUGAGCGAUACCUGCAGACCACGCACGCCUCCACACACGGAGACUACACCAUGACCGUCCUGGACAUAUUCGCUGUGGACCGAGCAGCAGAGAGCCAACACUUCCUCAAAGAUCUGCACAACAGGACACUGCUGUGGCACGGCUCUCGUCUCACCAACUGGGUGGGGAUCCUGAGCAAAGGCCUGAGGAUCGCUCCCCCAGAGGCCCCUGUCACUGGAUACAUGUUUGGAAAGGGGAUUUACUUUGCCGACAUGUCGUCCAAAAGUGCAAACUACUGCUUUGCGACUCGACAGAACAACGUGGGACUGCUGCUGCUCUGCGAGGUGGCUCUGGGAGACGCUAACGACCUCCUGGAUGCCAACUAUGAAGCGGACAAACUCCCUCCAGGAAAACACAGCACCAAGGGCCUGGGCCAGACCGGACCAGACCCGCGCAACGCCGUCACACUAGACGGUAUGACGGUCCCCAUGGGUCCUGGCGUUUCCACCGGAGCCGCCAACAAGAGAGGCUACUCCCUGCUCUACAACGAGUUCAUCGUCUACAACCCGUCGCAGGCGCGCAUGAGGUACCUGCUGCGCGUCCGCUUCAACUACUCCUCGCUCUGGUGA